AUGUGCGGCGGCGGUGAUUUGUUCCAAUCUGGCGAAGGGCAACAAAGCUCCGACGCUAACAUCAAGGAUGGCGGGGGCGGAAGCGGAGAUCAAGGACAUCAGCAAGAAAUUGGACAUCAUCCUGACAUGAUAGAUGGCGUCAACAAGUGGCGUCCUACCAUCGACACCGCGGUGGACGAGCUGUCCCAGGUGGUCGGCAUGCUCACAUCGCGCGUUGAGGUACUGGAGCAACCCAGUGCUCAGCUCUUACCUCCCAAGGUCCCGAUGCGCGAGGAAGAGGGACGGGCCAACGGCCACCGCGUCGAACAAAGUUACCAGGGGUCUGCUGAUAGGGCCCUUGUCCCUAAGCAUCCCCUGGUCAAGGGUGAGCAAUCACAAUUCCAUCCUCGCAAUAUACUUGAAUGUGGUGACUCUAUAGGCCGACCAUAUGCAUCAUACCAUUCUACUCAUUCCAAUCACACCUUCAAAAUGCCUAAAACUGAUUUUCCUAGUUUUGAUGGAGAUAACCCAAAGUGGUGGAAAGAUAGGUGUGAGAAGUAUUUUGACAUGUACCAUAUUCCUUAUCAUGCUUGGGUUGGAUUUGCUACUAUGCACUUUGUGAAGGGGGCUGCUUACUGGUUUCAGACCUAUGAAGCUAUGCAUAGAGUUGAGACAUGGCCUGAAUUGGUGAUAGCUAUUUUUGACAAAUUUGGUAGAGAUCAGUAUCAAAAAUUGAUGGAUGAACUACUUAAUAUUAAGCAACUGAGUACUGUUGAAGCUUAUCAUCUAAAAUUUGAUGAACUCCAACAUAGAGUAUUGGUUCAUAAUGGGAAUUUAGAUGACACCUUCUUUGUUACUAGAUUUAUGCAAGGGUUAAAAGAGGACAUUAGCUCUGUCAUUAGACUGCAUAAACCUAAGAAUGUUGAUACUGCUUUAGCUUUGGCCAUCACACAGAAGGAGAUUAUGACAGCUCGAGAUAUGUACAAGAAGAAGUCCUAUUAUAAGCAGGAAGUCAAGGAAUCUUAUAAGAAAAACUUCAAGUUUCCCAAUCCAGCCAAGGGGAUAUUGGGUGAAGCUCCUGGUGAUCCUGGUUUUUCUACAAACAAGCCACCACCCAAGAAGUUUGAAGGCAAAUUUGACUCUAUGAAGGCUAUGUUGCGAGCUAAAGGGUUAUGUUUCAAGUGCAGGGAGAAGUUUGGACCCAACCAUAAGUGUCCAGAACAUGUCUCUCUACACAUUGUGGAGGAAAUGUGGGAAGCCUUCCAGCUUGAGCAGGAAGGACAGGAGACAGUCACCUCUGAUACUUCUUCUGAUGUUGAUGAGAUAUUGAUGCAAUUAUCUGAGGCUACUCAAGAGGGGACAACUCAUAAGAAGACAAUGAGAUUAAUUGGUACCAUCCAAAAUCAACAAGUGCUACUCUUAGUUGAUUCUGGCAGUUCCAAUACUUUCAUUAGCAAGAAGAUGGUACAAGCUCUGAAUUGUCCUAUGCAAGCAGUAGCUUCAACUCAAGUCGUCAUAGCAGAUGGCACAAGGCUGAAAACAAAUAUGAUGGUGCCACAGGUGGAAUGGUACAUUCAAGGCCAGGCUUUCACCACUGACAUGAGAGUGUUAGAUAUCAACUGCUAUGACAUUAUUCUGGGCAUGGAUUGGUUAUCUGAAUUUAGUCCCAUGUGGGUCCAUUGGAAGAAGAAACUUAUGAGGUUCACUCACAACAAGCAAAGGGUUACUAUCAGGGGCAUUAAGGACAAAGUUCAGCAUUGCAAUAUGAUUUCAGCAAAGAUUCUUCAACACCUUCUCAAAAAGAAACAACUAGCACAAGUGGUUCAGUUAUGCAGAGUAGUGGAGCCAAAAACUUCAUCAGAACAACCUGUGGAGAUUCAGCAGUUGCUUCAGAAAAAUGCUGCCAUUUCUCAAGAACCACAAACAUUACCACCUGCAAGGCCCAUUGAUCAUACUAUCCCUUUGCUACCUGGAUCCCAAUCGGUGAACAUCAAACCAUACAGAUAUGCUCCGCGGUUGAAAGAUGAGAUGGAAGCUCAAAUCAAGGAUAUGCUCAGGCGAGGUAUCAUACAACAUAGCACUAGUCCAUUCUCUUCUCCUGUGUUACUGGUAAAGAAAAAAGAUGGGACAUGGAGGUUUUGUGUGGAUUACAGAAGGCUGAAUGCUAUUACUGUGAAAAACAAAUACCCCAUGCCAGUGGUAGAUGAAUUGUUAGAUGAGUUGAGCGGCUCUAACUGGUUUUCUAAAUUCGAUCUGAGGUCGGGCUAUCAUCAAAUCAGGUUUGCACCCUAUGACAUUCACAAAACUGCAUUCAAGACGUAUAGUGGCCAUUAUGAAUUCAGGGUGAUGCCCUCUGGGCUAACAAAUGCCCUAGCAACAUUUCAAGAUACUAUGAAUAAGAUCUUUGCUGAAUUCAACAGGAAGUUUGUCUUGGUGUUUGUAGAUGACAUUCUGAUUUACAGCACAUCAUAUGAACAACACUUGCAACAUUUGCAGUUAGUAUUUGAUGUUAUAGCAAAGCAUGAGUUUUUCUUAAAACCAAGUAAGUGUUCAUUUGCCCAACAACAGCUGGAGUAUUUGGGUCAUAUUAUCAGUGCAGAGGGGGUGGCCACAGAACCUUCCAAGGUUCAAGUGAUCCAAAAUUGGCCCACUCCCAAGAAUAGCAAAGACUUGAGGGCAUUUCUUGGAUUGGCUGGUUACUAUAGGAAGUUCAUCAAGAACUAUGGCGUCAUGAGCAAGAGCUUGACUGAACUGUUAAAGAAAAACAUGCCAUAUCAAUGGACCGCAACUAACCAAGAGGCCUUUGAGGCUAUUAAGGCUGCUCUUACAUCUGCUCCAGUCCUCAAAUUACCAGAUUUUCAACAAGAAUUCAUUAUUGAAACUGAUGCCUCGACUCAAGGAAUUGGAGCAGUCCUCAUGCAAGGCUCUCAUCCUUUAGCUUUUCUCAGUAAAGCAUUGGGGCCUAAGAACCAGGGACUAUCGACAUAUGAGAAAGAGUGUUUGGCUGUGUUAAUGGCAGUGGCUAAAUGGCGCCAAUAUCUUCAACAUGCUGAAUUUGUCAUCAGAACAGAUCAGAAGGCUUUAAUCCACUUGGAAGAGCAGCACCUUAACGCACCUAUGCAGCAAAAGACUUUUGUCAAAUUGCUGGGUUUACAAUUCAGGAUACAAUAUAAACAGGGAGCAGCAAACAAGGUGGCAGAUGCUUUAUCUCGACUACCAUAUCAAUAUACUGACACCCCUGAUCCAGAACAAGUAAUGGCAGUUUCAGUGGCAAAACCCACAUGGUUGUCUGCAGUAGUGGAUGGAUAUUUCACAGAUGCUCAGGCCACUAAGUUGCUGACUGAACUAACAGUUCAACCUACUGGGGUUCCUCACUAUACUUUGCAGGAUGGUUUAAUCAAAUACAAGGGAUGA